GGCGGGAGCGGCGGCGGCGCGGCGGGGCCGGAGUGGGGCCUGAGCAGAGACCGGGCCGGGAGCGAGCGGGGCCGGAGCGGUGACACAGCGGGGACAGGACGGUGACACAGCGGGGACAGAGCGGUGACCGAGCAGCCGCAGCCAUGUCGAUCAUGUCCUACAACGGCGGGGCCGUCAUGGCCAUGAGGGGCCGGGGCUGCGUGGCCAUCGCCGCGGACCGGCGCUUCGGCGUGCAGGCGCAGACCGUGACCACCGACUUCCAGAAGAUCUUCCCCAUGGGCCAGAGGCUCUACAUCGGCCUGGCCGGGCUGGCCACGGACGUGCAGACCGUGGCCCAGAGGCUGAAGUUUAGGCUGAACCUCUACGAGCUGAAGGAAGGGAGGCAGAUCAAGCCCCAGACCUUCAUGAGCAUGGUGUCCAACCUGCUCUACGAGAGGAGGUUUGGUCCCUACUACACGGAGCCGGUGAUCGCGGGGCUGGACCCGCUCAGCCAUGAGCCCUUCAUCUGCUCCCUGGACCUCAUCGGCUGCCCCAUGGUCACCGACGACUUCGUGGUCAGUGGCACCUGCUCCGAGCAGAUGUACGGGAUGUGCGAGUCCCUCUGGGAGCCCGACAUGGAACCUGAGCACCUCUUCGAGACCAUCUCGCAGGCCAUGCUCAAUGCCGUGGACAGAGACGCCAUCUCUGGGAUGGGCGUGGUGGUACACGUCAUAGAGAAAGACAAGAUCACCACCAGGACCCUGAAGGCUCGGAUGGAUUAGCCCAGCCCAGCUGCUCUGUGCCCCUCGGGACUUUUUAAAAUAAAACUGCCCUGAACUUC